ACAUCAAAUUAGACGAGGCGGGCCUCAUUCUUCUUCAUAUUUUAUUAUUCUAGUCAUAGUCUCACUGUUUAUCCAUAUAUAGAUAGCUAGGGUUUCAGGUCCUUUAGAAGCAUAUAGAGAUAUAUGAAGAUCAUCUGGCAAAUUGGCCGUGCACCUCUAUCUGUUGAAGCUGCCAGCAUGAUCUAAACUUGCCUUUGAAUUAUCGGGAAAGAUCAGAUCAUAUGGUAGCUUCACCUGUUAGUCGGUGCACGAAAAACCAAAUCUCUGUGAAACCCUAAAGACUGGGGCAAAUCUUCACUUUCUUUUGUUUUUUACUUGAUGGGAAAUCUUCUAUGUAUGCAUUCUGUGUUUUCCGGUGUUUUUGUGAAAUAGAUUUUGGAGGGUCUAAGCUAGUUUGUGAAAGUUCUGGAGGUUUUAGUUUCAAAUCUGACAACAUCUCAGAGGGUAAAGGUUUGAUGUUCUUUUCUGGGCUUCUGGAUCCAAGUGGAGAACAAGGAUUUUUCCAAGGAUCUGAAGAUGGCUGCAACAAAUUUAUAUUUUGGUUGUCAUUUUCUGGUGUAAUUAAUUUCAUGGUACAAGUAAAUUCUGAAGCACAAGAGAUAUGGAAAGCCAGAAAAUCCUUGUGCUAUUUCCGAGAUGUAAUUUGUACUUGUAAAUAAAUCUUGCUACGUAGUUUUUGUGGUUACACUUAAGUACAAUGUUUCGUGUAAAAGAAAUCAACUUAAACAUGUAUCAAAAAAUAAAAUGUAGAGCAUCAGACAACAAAAAUCUCCAAAAAUAUUUAUUCUGUCCAACA